CACUACUUGAUCGCUCUCUCAGUAGUCGCCUCAUGCAGUCCCCCGCCGCCCACGGUCAUGCCAGCCCCUAGCGUCCCGUUCCCUCGCCCACUCGCCGAGGCCAGUCGCGUGAGGCCAGUGACUGCACUCUGCCGUGCGAGUAUGAAUCAGGCUGUCCCCGGGGUGAGCCUGAGUCCCGGCCACGAGGGAGGCGGCUACGGGGAGUGCCAGGUGCAGCACCUGCCCGGGGAGCUCGACAAGGUGAAGGAGGAGCCCUUCUCCCCCCCGCCCUCCAACACCUAUGUGUCCCUGCCUCCUUCCCCCCCGACCUCCCACCCGCUGUCCCUCUCCCCUCAAGCCCAGCACCACGUGUCCAUGACGCCCCCGGGCCCCAUGCACGUGUCCAGCUCGGGCCCCUCGCCCCACCACGUGUCCCCCUACGCCCGCCCGCCGCCCAGCGUCAAGAAGGACGGCUUCGAGGCCUCCAUCAACAUCACGGAGCUGCUGGCCGAGAACCAGGCGCUGAGCUCCAGCCUCAGCCCGACCUCGUACGGCUCCUACCCCGACCACCCCCUUCUGCGCGGCCGUCUGGAGGACAACGCCCAGAAGAAGGUCGGCUACACGUGCCCCUCCAACGACAACCUGAGCUUCCUCGACACGCUCUCCUGCGGGUCGCCGGCUGCCCCUUCGCCGGGAUGUGCCAGCCAGAAGGAAAUCUUGGAGACCGUCGAGCUGGCUCUGGAGCACGCCAGGAGGGACGUCCAGCGCGUGUCGGAGAGCCUCAACAUCCCUCGUGACCCCGCCCACUGGAGCGUGGAGGAUGUGCGAAAGUGGCUCAAGCUCCAGGCGGCGCAGCUCAACCUCCCUCCUCUCAUGCUGGACUUCUGGAACCUGGCCGGCCCCGCGCUCCUCAAGCUGACGGAGGCGCAGUUCCGCCAGCUGGCGCCCGUGGGAGGCGAGCUCCUGUACGCGCAGCUCGAGAUCUGGCGCGAGGCCCUGCGCACCGCGCCCAAGCUGCCCCACAACUACUACUGGCACCUGCAGGCCGACCCGCAGGCCGCCAUGCCCAUCCAGCCCAUCCACGCCCUCGCCCCUGCAGCCUGCCCCGGUGGGCCAGCCGCAGCAGGCCGGCGCCGCCCCGCACCCGCCCCCGGCGGCGCAGCAGCAGGCCAGCGCAGGCCCCGUGUACCUGGACGAGCCCUGCCUCGACAUGGCGGCCCUUCUGCAGCAGCAGUCCGGCAGCCCGAAGGCCGCCCACGCCGCCCACGCCGCCUCGGUGGCCGCCCAUUCGCCGCAGGACGACGCCUACGACUCAGAGGACGACGCAGACGAAGAGAGCACCACCAACAACAACGGACGCGGCGGCACCCACAUCCACCUGUGGCAGUUCCUGAAGGAGCUCCUGCACCAGCCCCAGCUCUACGGCUCCUGCAUACGGUGGCUGGAUCGCCCUAAGGGAGUGUUCAAGAUCGAAGACAGUGUUCGUGUGGCGCGCCUCUGGGGAAAGAGGAAGAACCGACCAGCUAUGAACUAUGACAAGCUCUCCCGCUCCAUCAGGCAGUACUAUAAGAAGGGCAUCAUGAAGAAGACGGAGAGGUCCCAGCGAUUGGUGUACCAGUUCUGUCACCCCUACUGUCUGUAGGGCGUGGCCAGACGCUCCCUCCUGCUUAGGUUUAAGGGGGGAAGGUAAUUUCCCCUAGUUUAGCACAUGGUCUUCUUGGUAGACGGUUCGGCUUUGCUCUCGAGCGUGAGCCUGAGCUGACUACAUUAGUCCUGUGUGGUAUUUUUUCACCAUAUAUCUAUGAUAUAUCCCCAUGUGUAAGUUCUAUGAACUUAGUGUUAAGUCUAGACGCCAUCAGUUAGAGGCGUCCGGGCAGCCCGAGAGUCACGGCCGCCCCGCAGUAGCGGUGCAGCCGUGACGCAUAGGCCUAUGUUCUUAAUGUUUUUAUUUAGGUUAAUUUUCCGUAUUUAUGUUCGCCAAGGUUGCGAGGUCUGGAGUUUCCAGUGGAAACCUCCGGCCUCGCGUAGGUGUGUUCGCGGCGCGGCUUUAGACCCAUGUUUGCAGCUAAGACGCCAUGAAAGCCGGGCCGCGAACACCGCUUGAGUGUUUUAGAUUAAGUGUUCCAGUAAUAAACUGUAUUUGUUUUAAGCUGAUACGUGUCAAACACGGAGUUUAAAAAGUCGUGAAGUUUCCCUUUGGAAAUAGAGUAUUUUUUUAUGUGUACGCCGCGGAGGGCGGUCGAGGAGCGCGGCCACCCCCUCCCCUUCCUCCGCAGCCUGGCGUCUGCACCAUCAUCACGUAGCUGCUGUGGACGCCGCCCGUAGUGGUCGUGUCAGUCCUCCCUUAUCUCAACCCCCCAUACGUCGGGGUUGAGGCAGGGGCGUGAUGCCAGAGAGAGUGGCGUGCUGGAGUCCCCUCCCUCCCCCGCCUCGCCCAGCGCUCGCCUCUGCAAGCGCUGGGCGAGGCGGCGUCGGCGCCUCCAACCCUGCCCCAUCCGCUGAUUCGCUUCUGGGCGAGACGCAGCCGUGUCGAACGCACAGCUGCCUCCCGCCCACUGUGCAUGCAUGGCACCAAGUGUUCAUGAGUGCAUGGGGCAGGGUUCGGGCGCUGGGAGGGUCCCGCCACGGUGAAUAUGAGAGUGGGAUGGGUCACUGCGCCCAGACUCAGCACGACUAGCGGCUGGUUGGCACUUGAACAUAGCCACUUGGAAAUUUAUUUUUGUAAAACUGUGAGUUUAUAUUUAUUAGUAACAGAUUGUUUAUGUUGCUUCUGAAGUACAGGUAGAUCAUCUCACGUCAUGAUGAUGAAAAAGCUUGUUUAAAAGUUCUACUACCAGGAGCAGUAUAAACGACUGAUAAAGCAACUGU